GCUUUUGCAAGUAAGUGAAUAUUUGAAUUCAGUGGACAGAGAGACCCACAGAGGUUUCCACAUGUUAGUAUACAUGGGUACCGAAAGUUAAGUUUUGUCAGAGGCCCUUCUACCACAUCCAUAGAUCCAUCCUAGCAGAGGUCACAGAUCACAAAAAGCCUGCAGAAACAGGAAAUCCAACUUCCUGAGUCCACCACAAAACACAGAAACCUGUUUCCUCUACACAUCUCAAAUUGGCAAAGUUCUGUCUUAGCACAUUCAGUAUAGAAGCAGCCAUCCCAAAGGCUUGAAGGAAUUUAUCUUCAAAUUUCACAUGAAUUUUUCUUUGUUGUUUUAAUCUGUUGAGAUGAAGGGCGCAAAAUUAUUUUUCCUGCUUUCAAGUUUAUGGAAUGGGGGCAUUGGGCUUAACAACACUGAGCAUUCUUGGACUACACCUGAGGAUGAAAACUUCCAGAAGAAUGUGGCCUUUUCUUCAGUAAAUAAAAAACAAAAUCUCCGAAUGCAGUCAACUUCUCAGAUCCCAUCUGCUGAGAGAGUUAUAAUACCUGAAGCCAGAACUUCUGAAGAGAAUCCUCUACAAUCCUUGCUGCCUCCCUCUGAGACAAGCAUCCUCCCUGAAGGUACGAGAAACCCAACACUAACACCCACAGGGAAGACAGAAGAAGGGGUGGUGGGGCUUCAAAAUCUUACCCACCCAACUGAGUCCAGCAUCAAGGUCAGCCCUGGAGCAGAGAUGGUCAUUCUUUCUAAUUCCACCCUGAAAUUUCUUCGGAGCUUUGCCAGAAAGUCAAAUGAACAAGACAUCUCUUUAAAUUCAGUUAGAGGCAUGGGAAAUCGAUCGCCAAGAGAAACGUACCUCAGCAGAGGAGACAGCCCUCAAAGUCCACGAUCCAGCUAUCAAAAGUCAAGUUUUGAAACAACUAGAGGAAAGAACUGGUGUGCUUAUGUACAUACCAGAUUAUCUCCCACGGUGAUACUGGACAACCAGGUCACUUAUGUUCCUGGUGGAAGAGAACCCUGCAGCCGGACCAUUGGAUCCUGUCCCUACACAUCCCAGCAGAGAACUAAUCCUGUCUAUAGGAUGCAACAUAAAAUUGUCACCUCAUUGGAAUGGAAGUGCUGUCCUGGAUACAGUGGACCAAAAUGUCAGCUAAAAGCUCAGGAACAGCAGCAAUUGAUGCACAGCAACCAGGUUGAAAGUCACAUAGCUAUUGACAGAGGAACAGUCGAGCAGCCUCAGCAGCAGCAGCAGCAGCAGCAGCAAGACUGUGGUGACUCAGCAGUAAUACAAAAAAUGACUGACCAGAUGAACCAGCAAUCCAUGAAAGUGAUGCUUCUGCAGAAGAAAGUUGACAAUAUUUCUUUGGCUAUGGAUGACGUAAGGAACACAUAUUCUUCCCUAGAAAGGAAAAUCAGUGAAGAUAAAGGCAGGGAAUUUCAGUCUUUUCUAAAAGGUCUAAAAUCCAAAAGUAUUAAUGAUCUAGUAAAGGACAUAGUAAGAGAACAAUUUAAAGUCUUUCAAAAUGACAUGCAAGAGACUGUCGCACAGCUCUUCAAGACUGUGUCGAGUUUGUCAGAGGACCUUGAAAACACCAGGCAUAUAAUUCAACAAGUUAAUGCAUCUGUGGUUUCAAUAACAGUCCAACAAAAGUCUAUUUUAAUGCCAGAAAAUAGGCCCACAGUGACUGAUAUAGUAGAUCUAAAGAAUCACAUUGUGAAUAUCAGACAAGAAAUGACUUCUACGUGUGAGAAGCCUAUUAAAGAACUAGAGGCAACGCAGGCUCGUUUACAAGGUGCUCUAGAACAGGAACAUUCAAGGGGCAUUCUGUACUAUGAAUCCCUCAAUAAAACUCUUUCCAAAAUGAAAGAAGUACACGAGCAGCUUUUAUCAAAUGAACAAGUGUCAGACCAGAAGAAUGCUACAGCUGCUGAAUCCGUCAGCAAUAAUGUCACUAAAUACGUAUCAAUUCUACAUGAAAAGAUAAACAAGCAAGGUUUGAUGAUGCUGCAGAUGUUUGAUGAUUUGCACAUCCAAGAGAGUAAGAUUAACAAUCUCACUAUCAGUUUGGGGAUGGAGAAGGAAUCUGUCAGGGUUGAAUGCAAAGACAUGCUAUCUAAGUGCAGAAAUGAUUUUAAAUUUCAACUUAAAGACACAGAAGAGAGUUUACAUGUGUUAAACCAAACAUUGGCUGAGGUUCUCUUUCCAAUGGAGAACAAGAUGGAUAAAAUGAGUGAGCAACUAAACGAUUUGACAUAUGACAUGGAGAUCCUUCAACCCUUGCUUGAACAGGGAGCAUCACUCAAACAGACAGUGACAUUGGAACAACCCAAGGAAGUAGUAGUUACAAGGAAAAAGAUGGAAAGUCUGAUAAGUGCUGUCAACAGUCUACAUUUUCUGAUCAAAGAACUUACAAAAAGACACAAUUUACUGAGAAAUGAAGUACAGAGUCGUGAAAAUGCCUUAGAAAGACGCAUUCAUGAAUUUGCCUUUGAAAUGGAAGAUGGCCUGAAUAAGACAACAACUAUUAUAAAUAAUGCCAUUGAUUUUGUUCAAGAUAACUAUGUGCUAAAAGAAACUUUAAGUACUAUUAAGUAUAAUCCUGAGGUCCACCACAAAUGUAACCAAAACAUGGAAACCAUUAUGAGAUUUAUUCCUCAGUUCCAACGUUUAAAUGAUUCUGUUCAAAUUUUGGUCAAUGACAGUCAGGGAUAUAAUUUUGUUUUGCAAGUUGCCAAGGCCCUUGCAGCUAUUCCUAAAGAUGAGAAAGCAGAUCAGUUCAACUUUCAAAAUAUUUCUCAAAUGUUCAAUGAAACCAUUUACCAAGUGAUGAAAUAUCAGCAAAACAUGAGUCAUUUGGAAGAAAAUAUACUCUCAGCCACCAAGAUUUACAAAAACUUUGAAACUCGAUUGCAAAGCAUUGAAUCUAAAGUGAGUCAGACACUCAUUCCUUAUUAUAUUUCACUUAAAAAAGGCAGUAUGACUGCAAAUGAGAGAGACCAAGCUCUUCAACUACAAGUAUUAAAUUCCAGAUUUAAGGCCCUGGAAGCAAAAUCCAUCCAUCUUUCAACUAAUUUCUCUUUGCUUAACAAAACUCUCCAUGAAUUUUUUACCGUGUGUUGUAAUGCUCCAACAAGCGCAUCACAACAAAAUGCUGCUGUACUUAAGUGGAUAAAAGGUUCUCUGCCACAAAAUCAGCUUCCUCAGAAAGGUCUGACAGAAUUUGUGGAAUCAAUAAUUGAAAUAAAAACUCAAGCUGCCCUAUCUAACUUAACUUGGUAUAUAGAUCGAUUGUUGUCUGAAGGUCUGGCAAAUGUUGUCAAGUCUCAGAAGCAAGUAAAAUUGCUGAAGAAACCUAACACACUUAAGAAACCCACAGUAAAUCUUACGACCGUUCUGAUAGGCCGGACUCAAAGAAACACAGACAACCUUGUGUAUCCUGUCACAGAGGAGUAUUCACGCUGUAGCAGAUUCCCAUGCCAGAAUGGGGGCACGUGUAUAAGUGGGAGAACAAGCUAUACCUGCGCCUGCCGGCACCCUUUCACUGGUGACAACUGCACUAUCAAGCUGCUGCAAGAAAAUGCUUUAACUCCAGAUUUUUCCAAAGGAUCUUAUAGAUAUGCACCAAUGGUGGCCUUCUUUGCAUCUCAUACAUAUGGAAUGACUACACCUGGCCCUAUCCUGUUUAAUAAUCUGGAUGUCAAUUAUGGAGCUUCAUAUAACCCAAGAACUGGAAGAUUCAGAAUUCCAUAUCUUGGGGUGUAUGUUUUCAAAUAUACCAUUGAGUCAUUUAGUGCUCAUAUCUCUGGAUUUUUAGUGGUUGAUGGAGUAGACAAGCUUGCAUUUGAGGCUGAAAAUAUUAACAGUGAAAUACACUGUGACAGAGUUUUGACUGGAGAUGCCUUAUUAGAAUUAAAUUAUGGGCAGGAAGUGUGGUUGCGACUUGUUAAAGGAACAAUUCCAGCCAAGUUUCCCCCAGUUACCACGUUUAGUGGUUACUUGUUAUAUCGUACAUAAGCUAGUAUGAAAGAUACUAUCAAUUUCACUGAGAAACAGUAAGUAAUUUUAUUAUCUUUGCAUGAACAUCUCAUCUAUCUGGGAUUUUCUACAUUAAACAAAAACCAACUUUCUUUCUAAACUUAGUAAAGCUAUAUAUUUGUUUAUUUCACAAAAUGAUCUCAGUAUAUCUGUCUGUGGAGAUGUUCUUGCUCCCAAAGAAACUUAGCGGCACAGAGAAGAGCAUCUGUUAGCCCAACUAACUAUUCUUACUUUUUUCCUUGAUUUUAAGUCAUUUCAAUGUAUUGUACAAUGAUAAUCAUACAAUAUUUGCAGUCAUGGUACCCUUAAUUUUUGUUACAUUCUAUGUAUAUAAAUAUAUAACAAACAUUUCCUGAUUUAAUAAACUCAAAUAAAUUACUAAAAGA